UGUAGACGCAACAAAAACAAUAUGACGUGUGGAACAUGUCGGGGACACAAGGAGCGGAGUGUAAAGUGCCUUAUUGCCGCUCUGGACAUUAUCAAAGAUCACGCCUUGAUGAUGCAGCAAGCGUCUGAGGAGAGUGACAAGACCAUAGAGAAUUUGAAGGCGCACAAUGAAAAGCUGCACAAGGCGCUCGACUUGCUGAAGGAGCGGCAGGAGUCCAUGACCUUGAUGCAGGCGGAGAAGCGAAGAAAACUAUCGCCCAAAAAACCAAAUGAUGACAUAUCACCAUUGCCGCAAAGCCAGAACUCUCUGAACAUGAACAUAGCUCUCAACAGUAUCGAGCUCUCUGACGAGGACCAGGAAAUGGAGGAGGACGAGAGCAUUACGGAGACGGAAACCAACUCCUUGCGAAGUCCGCGCAAGUUGAAGUCGUUGCUAAACAGAAAGCCGGACAUCCGAAAUUUGGAGAACGUCCAGCCAAACAGUCUGUCCACGUCUAACCAAAAUUGGAUCAGCAAGACACCAAAGAAUCCCGCCGUCCUCACCAAAUUGUCACUCACCCACAAGGGCAGCGCCCUGGGCUUGAAGCAAACUCGGCUGAAGUUUGAAAGCAACAAGACGAGCACCAGCGAAAAGGAUGUAAUAGAAGAUAGCCCCAAUUUGAGCAGCAGCAAAUCUCGCCCGUCUCGAUCCCUAAUGCAGAGAACCGACACCGUGACCGCUUCAAGCGCCGGCGAUGCCAAGCUAGACGUCACCAGCAGCAGCAGUCUCCUUCAGAUGCCCAAGCCCACAUUUGAGCUGGAAGAUGAUGCCGAGUUCGAUAUGGAUAGCUCGGAACUACCUCUGAUGCCGCCACCUGCCACGCCGCCAUUUCUAAAGAUGAACAGCACCUCGGACAGCGUGGUCCUGCUUACGCCAGCCACUCAAGACAUAAUCUUUGUGAACGAUACUCUGGAAGAUCACGAAAAUGUGGACAAAUUGGGCACCAUGGAUGUGCUGGCGGAGAUUAUGAAGGAUGACGAUGAUGCCUGCUCCAAUGCCUUGCGGCAGUUCGAGAAGAAAAUGAUUGACCAGCAGAAGCAAAACAAACCGACUCCGCAAGCAAUCCAAAUUACUCGACCCGUCAAACAAGAGCCCAUUUCACAGCCAGCAGAGCCGGACUUGGGUAAUGAAUCAACGAAGCUUCCGGAGGAUAUCGAAAAGUAUAUGAUGGACAUUAAAGAUGAAGAUGAAAGCAAGGACUCGGUGGAAGAGGAGGAAGAGGAAUUCCCCCGUCCAAUUGUGGUAAAAAAUGAGCCUGAGUUGACGCUCAAAGAAAGGCACAACAUCAAUUGCCCUGAUUGCGAAAAGUUUAUCAACUUCAUGGGCUCAAACCUGACUGACGAGAAAAUUAAAGACUAUUUAAACAAUUGCCGACACGUGGACGCCCGAAGCUCAACGCCCCCAGGCUUCUGGAACCCGCACAUGGUGUCCUUUGCCGAAAACGAUCCUAGGAAUGAGGUCUUGAUAGACAACCGAUUCAGGGACCAGCGCUUAAACAAAUGA